AUGGGAGCAGUCAGCGUGGCAUCAGUAGUGGCAUCCAUCAUCUCCGCCUUCGGCAGCGGGAUGGAAAUACUCCACCGCCUCGGCGUCGGGAAACACAAAAAGUCUCGAUGUCGAGCGAGACCUCCCCAACCAUGGGAGGAAGCGGAAUGGGAAUCAGUCCAAGAGUCACUGCAAAGCCGACCCUUACAAAUCAAACAUGAAUAUGACCAAAGCGUGGGCCGGUUUGGUCGUCGCUUCGAAGUUGGCGACAGUACGGCUCAUUCGAGUCUGGCACAGACACUCCUGGUGCUCAACACGGGGCUGAUCAAGCUUAUCAAUCAUGCUUUGUCAGACAAUCAGUCGAAAGAGAAUGUCAUGUCGUCGAACAAGGCACUGUUCAGUCUGUCCGAGGCCGCGGCGUCGGAUACCAUGGCGGCACUGGAACAGCUCAGGACGCGGCUUAGUGUGAUGGCACCACGGCGGCCUCUAGUUAGAAUUCCUCUUCAGAAUCACCAAGCGGAAGAAGAAGAAGAGGGCCAAAAUCGAAUUGGUCGCCACGAUCGGCAUCAUCAAACUCACCAAGAAAGUUCCCUGUCACUGUCACUGCCAGAGAAACGGCCACAGCAACAGCAACAAUCUCGGGCAUCGACAGCGCUACUAGUGCGAGGUGGAUGGGUGAGAUCCAAAAAUGGCGGCACAUCGUCAGUUGUUCUUCCCAGCGCCCCAGCAGCGGUGAGAAAGGGGGCAAAGCGUGCGAGAAAGACGGAUCAGAAUCAGGACUCUACGACUAGUAGUCAGAGUAAGUCCAGUUCCGGUUCAACUGCGACAAUGAGGACGAGGACGCGGACGCAGACGAGGACACCUGUUUUCCCACAACUUGAACCUGGGCGGCAUGCCGGGAACCAAACUGGCAACGAGACAUCCAGAUGUGUGUCCCCAGAUAGGGUCCGUCGGCAUCGUCAAGAAUCACUCAAACACGAUGCACUGGCAGUGCUUGAUCACGACGGGGACUCGAAACCUCAACGACAACCGAGCAUGUUGAUUGUGCCGUCAGACUUUUUCGAGCUUCAAGUCGUUUCUGCUGUCCAAGUUCAUCCAGAACAGUCUUGUGGCCGGCGGCGGGAUCCUCCUCCACCUCGCCCGCCAAAGAUCCCACUGGAUUCAAAACCACCCCCUCCUCCCCCACCGCCUCCACGACGAGCCUUCAUUGACGGUGGUCGCCGUGCGCCGCGUCCAACGUCGACCAUGACGUUCAUGACGGCGAGUACCAAGAUUGGAGAGAUUCCCGAGUCCCGCUGGCAGGGCCAGGGUAAGAUCCUACCUAUCUCUGCGGAAGGACAUGCCGAUAAUAAUAAGACUUGGGUACCGGCGGAUACCCUGCCACCGCCACUGGAACCUCUAGGUAAUGGAGCGAAGACGACGAAGAAGAGUUGUUUCAAGUUCUGGAGGAGAGAUGGAAAGGGUUGA